CGCACAAGUGAACGGUGUUGCGUUCACUGUCUGGCAGGUUUCAUCCGCGCACUGCUUCCGCUCCCACGGCGCGCCUAGCGCAAGCUGUGCGUCAAUUGUCACUCCUCCUCCUGGCAGUGAUGGCGGAAGUGGACGAAACCGAUGUCAUGAUGAACUACCACGGAGAUUUCUUAAAAGGCGACAGGAAAAACAGCCGCUACCCAUACUGCAUUGUCUGGACACCUAUUCCUAUUUUAUCGUGGGUGCUCCCCUUCAUUGGUCACAUGGGCAUAUGCACCUCUUCUGGAAUCAUACGAGACUUUGCAGGAUCAUACUUUGUCUCGGAAGACAACAUGGGCUUUGGUAAACCAACAAAGUAUUGGAAGCUUGAUGUGGACAAAGUUUCUGGCAACGGUGCUGCUACAUGGGACAAAGCAGUGCACGACGCAUCGGAGGAAUACAAAUGUAGGCCGCACAAUCUGUGCUUAGAUAACUGCCAUUCCCACGUUGCCAUGGCCCUCAACCUUAUGCACUACAACAACAGCACGUCUUGGAAUAUGGCGAACCUAUGUGCGCUGUCUCUUAUUCGUGGAAAACAUGUGAGCUGGGCAGCGUUCCUCAAGACCUGGCUACCCUUCUUCAUGCUCUGCGGAGUCCUCGGCACGUUCAUCUUAACGUUCAACCUGCAGUAGAGGAGCGAGAAGGCCAACGGCAUGACUCAUAGACUUUGGCUACACUUUAUGCAUUGUCAUCGGCUGUUGACGUGAAUGACGGUGAUGUGUUUUGACGGGACAUUUGUUUGUACAAUUCCAAAUGUUCAUUGUGUGUUUGUGAUCUGGUCUCUGUGGCGGUAUUUAAGGGUCUAGCAGUUUGUAGUUUUGAAAUCAAUAUUAUGUUUGAACAGUUAAGAUUUUUGUUUUUUUUACCAAGUAUUUAUGAUUUAGUAUGGUGAGUGAGCUGCAGUAUCUUUAAGUAUCUUCUAAGUCUCUAUUACUGUUUUUCACACUGUGGGUUCUGUGUAACGUUUGGCUUUAUAGAGCAUUAUAAUAGUAUUACACCACAGAUCACAAAAUCUGAAUGCUGAAAGUAUUCAUCAAUUAUUUUUCUGAGUGACAUGAGCCGCUACCAAAGAUAGAAAUGAUGUAGAACCCACAUGUGAAAAAUAGCAGUAUUUACGUGCUGUAAAAAUGUCCUACAUUCAAUCCUCUUUACUCUGGUGUGUAAAGAUAAAUAUCUACGUGUUUUCUUUAAGUGUAUUAUUUGCUUAUCUCCAGACAGAAUUUGAAUGUUUUCUAACGGCAUCAUUAAGCGGGGCUGUUACUUUAACUCUAAUUAAGAGCAAUACCACAUUACUUUAUGUAUUAUUGUUUUUUUGUUGAUGUUUUGUACCCAAAAGAGUAUUAUUUAUUAGAACUGCAACGAUUAGUGGAAUAAGUGAUUGGUUGAUCCACGGAAAGAUUAUCGGCAUCUAUCAUCGAUUAAUAGAUUAAUUCAUUUUUCAUGCAAAAUAGCAGUAAAUGCUGUUUUCAGCCUCACAAAUGGAGACGUCCUACUUUUCUCUGGUCGUAUAUUUAAGUGAAUGUCUUUGGGUUUUGGACUGACAAAACAAGACGUUUAAAGACAUCAGUUUAGACGGGGAUUGGACAUUUUUCACUAUUUUAUAAACCCAACGAUUAAUCGAUGAAUCUAGAAAAUAAUUGGCAGAUGAACCGAUAACAAAAGUAAUUGUUAGUUGCAGCCCUAUUAUUUAUUAUAGUAUAUCCCUAUCAUUUUGGUAUUUCUGUUUCUGUAACCUUAUUUCGGUUGUGCUGUAUACGAAGCCUUUUAAGACUCCUCUGGAAGACUGCUGUAGGUCACAGGCUGUGGAUGCCCUUAUCGUCCUCUGUACCUUUAAGGGAACCACGCACCUUUUUCCUCCAGCACAUUCUGCGUGAUAAGAACUACCAUCAAUUUAGGGGAGCGUUUAUUAUGAGAGGCUCAUGCUGGAGCACUCUUUGCCGCCUCUGCAGCAUCCGUUUAGUUUGUGAGAACAAAAGCUGUUUAGAAUUUGACUUGUGAAUUCACAUGGAAUUAAGUUUUUUCAUCUGUAAUUCAAUAAAUCUUUUUAACCUUUA